ACCGAACCGGGUUCACUGCGAUUCCCAGCGAAUGCCCACGCAUGCGCCGCAAAAACCCAACCACGCAGACUUCAUUCGGCUAGGGCGGAAACGCUUUCCGGUGUAGAUAUACCAGAAAUAUUUCUGCUCUUCUGCCGUUAUGCUGCGUCGUCGGUGGCCGAGUCCCGAGUCCUGAGUCCUGACUCCUGAUAGCUGCUGGCUGAUAGCUGAGUGCAGUGUCGAGUGUUUGUGUUGAAUUAAAUCUACAUUUUAAGGACACACGGUGAGCUGUCCAAAAAACCAUGAGCUACGGUCGGGCCUAGAACUUAGAGCCCCAUCUAUUGUGGAACCUUUCGAAAUCGGAUUUGGAAACGGCAAGCUGCAACUUAUCCACUGAGCCACACAGAGCCGCAAGAGCAAAGAGCCAGGAUGUUGAUCCGCUGGAAGAGCAAAGACAAGAGCGCCUCCUCUAACCAGAGCGCCUGCGGCAGCAGCAGCUCCUCCUCGAAGAAGAAGCGCAAGGGAAGAGAAGGCGAAGAAGACUGGCAGAAUGAAGCAAAAUCGGGACGACUUCCGCCAAACGAACAGGGUGGCGACGAACGACGACGAGCCAUGCGUCGCGAUGAUCCACGACGGCACACGCUCGGCGGCGACAUGUUGGUCUACGGCGGCUCCCAGCAUCCCCAUGCUCAUCAGAUGGCGCCCCAGCAGCAGCGCGCCAUGGAUCUGGAGAUGAGCACGCGCGCCCAAAAGAACAAGAAAAACCAGCCGAUGAGGGGCUAUGCACCCGUUAAUCAGGGACCUCUGUUCGACGACGAUCCGGGCAUCAUGUCGGAGGUGGAAACGGCCAGCACAGGAUUCCGGAGGGGCGGCAAGCAGCGCUCCUCGCUCCCCGUGGUACGCACGCCCUCCAAAACGCUGGAGCGCCCGCUGGGCCUGGUCUUUCUGCAGUACCGCUCGGAGACGAAGCGCGCCCUGCUGCCCAACGAGAUCACCUCGAUCGACACGGUUCGCGCCCUGUUCGUGCGCUCGUUCCCGCGCCAGCUGACAAUGUCUUAUUUGGAGGGGCCGAAUGUAAAGAUCUACAUCCAUGAUGCCAGCAAGGACAUGUUCUACGAGCUGGAGGAUGUACGCUCCCAUCUCCGCGAAAUACGUGAUCGUUCCGUGCUGCGCCUAUUCGAGUCCACCGAGGUGGCGGCCCCGCCCCAGAUCCUGCCCGGCGGCCCGGGCAUACCCCAGCCCCUGCCCCCGGCGCAGGCCAACUGGGACCAGGAUCAGAGCUACUUCAGUGAGCCGGAGUUCGACUCGGAUUACAAGCACCAGCACAUCCACAAGUCAAAGAUUGGGAAACAACCGGCACCCUACUACGUGGGCUCGUCGCAGACAUUGCCCCGCGGCAUGUACUCAUCAGAACGCAACAAGGUGUCGAUGGGAGCACCUGUGAAACCACUCAGAUCACUCAAUCCAAGGGGUAGCAUGGAACCCCUGUUUCCCUACACCCCGGAUCAGUUAUACAGCAUUCCAGACGGAUACACCAGUUCUCCGGAGCGCAGCAGCCGUGGAAACUAUGAGGAGCCGUACUACAGUCAAUACGGCACAAGGGGCACUGUGGUGGCGCCCAUUAUCGACGAGGAGCAGAGUGACGGAACCAUGACCGAGGAUCAGUACGCACUGUACGGCAUCAAGGUGGGACCCAAUCGUCUAACGCAUCGCGGCAACCAGAUAUACGAUCCCACUAGGCCAGAAGAUUUGCACCGUAUUCGUGUGGAGCACAUGGAACGACAGCUGGCCAACCUGACGGGCCUCGUGCAGAAGGCUCUGGUCAACCAGAAUCCACAGAUUGCCCCGCUGGCUGUGCCCACAUUGGAUUCCAACUACCUGGUCGUGCCGUCGCAGAUGCAAGCCAACGGCUCCGGGGACGAGCUGUACAUUCGGGAGAAAGCUCCCAAGUUGGGCAAAAACUCGUGCCAAAAAUCCGUGUCCUUUGAGAAGUCCGUAUCGUUUAGCGAUGAUAUACAGGGAAUACCAAAGUCUCACAACCCUCUACAUGCCGCUGACACAAAGCCAACCAAGCCGGCAAUCAAGUCGUCCACCCUACCACGCACCUCGUCGCAAGAGCGCGACCGCCUAAAGCCGCCGCCGCCGCCCAAGCCGAUCGUGUUGGCUCAGACCGCCCAUCCCAACUACCGAGCGGACAUCGCACUGGCCCCCGAGGUGUACAACCAUCUGCGCGGCCUGCAGAAGAAGGCAAAGGACCUGCGUAUGGAGGUCCGCACCCUGAGGCGCCUCUCCCAGGCCCAGGCCGUUGCCGUGCGCGAGGACAUCAAGGGCACGUUUAUGCGCAUUCGUGCCACCCUGCUGGCGAGCAGCGGCAGCUUCUGGGAUCACCAGGGCGACCAGGAUGCCACUCGCAUUUCGCGCGAGGAGGAGCUGUAUAAGCAGGAGGUCAUCCGGCUGGAGAAGGACCUUAGCGACCUAGAGGGAUCGGUGGAGAAUCUGCGCGGUGAGGUAAUCAACCGUCGCACUCGCGUCAACAUGACCGCCGUGGAGGACAUGGCCUUGGUGCUAAGUCGGGCUAGCAAAACUGUCGCCGAGCUGAAGCUCAAGUUCCCGGCCCUUUCGAAUGGCUUGCGCUGCAUCCUGUCCAACGAGAUGGAGAAGGUGGUGCGAGAAGAAAAGUUCCUUAAAGAAGAGCCCGAUCGCUUGGAAUCGGCGCUGCGUCGCUGCAAGAAACUAACUGGCACCCUGGUGACGCUCAAACGCCUGGCCAGCGUGCAGGAGCAACGGCUGCCGCCCAAUGAGCCAACUAUUAGUGAGGAGCCGCCGCGAUCGGCGGACAUCUCGGCGCCGGACAAGCCAAUCCCAACACCCAGGAUGGGGUCGUUCGCUCUCAGCGGGGGACUCGCACCCGAAAACGCACUCGAUGCUCUGCUAGAUGAGCUCAAGACAUUCUCCAAGCCCAUUGCCCAACAACAGCAACAGCAGCAGCAGCAGCAACAACAGCAGCAGCAACACCAGCAACUAUACGAGAUUCGCCCUGAAGAUUCGGCAUCCGAUGAAAGCGCACAGGCCGCAGUACAAAGCACCGUCACCACGCAAAUAUCGCAGGCCCGUCUCUACACGGAGGCGAGCGUCAAUAUGCAGCAGGCGACCACCGGCAGCAUGGUCAUCGCUGUCGCCUCGGGCAGUGUGCCAGCUCAAGCUCAGGUUCAGGCUCAGGUUCAGCGCGGAGUGCUCACCCACCAGCAAUCGCAAUCGCAGCCUUCCCAGGCACAGCUAAUGGUGCACACCAACAUGGGCAGCCUGCGCCGUCUGCACUCCUAUCCCAGUGAGUCGGAUGGCGAACUGCCUCCUGGGCCGCCGCCACCGACUGGUCCGCGGGCCAGCGAGAUUACAAUGGCCAACGGCGGCAGCAGCAGCAGCAGCAAGCCACCCGUGCCCGAGCGAAACGCUGAAUUGAUCACCAAGGUGGGCCACAAGCGCAUCCCGCCACCUCCGCCGCCACGCACCAGCUCACGCAGUCCACUGGCCAGUCCAACCAGCCCGAAUGUGCCACAGAGCACAGUUGCCGCAGUCAAUUCGAAUGCCAUGGGAAACAGUGUUCACCCAGUGGGUGAACCCGUCGUCGUCCCCCUUGUCGUUAGCGGCGACACCUCAAGCGGGGACAACUCGAGCGGCAAUGAGUCCGGCAACGAUCAUGUCCAGCGUCAGGUGGCUCUCGAGAUGCGCCACCAGGAGCUGCUAAAGAAGCAGAAGAUGUUGCAGGAGCAGUACCAGCGGUUGCAGCAGAUGAGCAAGCUGCCAUCGGUGGAUGUGGCCUGCCCCUCCUCGUCCUCAUCGUCGCAAUCGCAGGACAUGACCGGUGGCGGCGGCGGGAGCAACACGCUGCUCCGGAAGCUGGGCAGCGAGACCAACAUCCAGCAGAAGAUCGCCGCAUUGAGCCUAGCCUGCGAGGCUAGUGGAGCCGCAGCUGCGGCGGCGGCGGCUGCUGCUGCGGCUACCAAUGGUGUGGUGGCCAGUGAUGCUACGAGCGGUGCGAUCGGCGGUGGUGGUGGUGUAGGUGGUGGUGGAGGAGCUGCGGGAACGGCUGGUGCGGGCGCUGCUGCUGCGAACUCCAACUCGAAUUCCCAACACCAGACAGCCAAUACGACGACCACUAAACAGCUGUACGAGACCGAGAUACUUUAACACAACUGGAAAUUGGCGUGGAACGAAGCUAAAAUUGACAUUUAAUCGGAGCGGAGCAUCUGAAAUUGCGGCCUAGACUAGUCCAAGUCGAGUUCUAGUCGAGGCCCUAUCAACACCAUCCCCAAUAUUUGCGUGGAUUACGAUUCCGAUACUGAUUCCGAUUCCGACAGAACAGAACAAAAACGAUGAUUACAAAUGAAUAUGAAUGACAAAGAUUACCUUUUCGUUUGUUAGGGUUUUUGUAUUUACUAUCAUCUAAUUGUCGUACAUAAAUGUGUAUUUGCACAACUCCAGUAACUCCAGCAUCCGAUGUUGUAUGUUAGGUGUUGUCUGUGAAAACGCAAAGCUAAAGAUCGGAAACAAAACUAAAACAAAAACGAAAACAUACAUAUAUCGAAUCGAGUUGAGUCGAGUCACAAAUCAAAAACCGUAUGUCUAAUGCGUAAUCACCAUUUGUGCACCCUCCAUAAAAAAAAAAUGAAACGGGCAUAGGAAAUGUUGUAUAGCAUACCACAUAUACCAUAUACCAUACACCCUAUGCACCAGCGUAAAAAGCCCCAGAUGAAUGUAUUUAUGUAUGUAUUCGCUUACAUUGAUGUACUUGUUGCAUGUUGUGUUUUUGUUGUUGUUUCGAUGAAAUUAUAGGUCACAUAGGUCAAGAGCAGCAGGAGGGGAAGCGAUCAGAGCCCGAGCAUAUUGCAAGACUCCGGCUGCAACACCAUAAGACCCAGCACUAAGCCUAGAUAUAUCCAUGCAAUGUGGAUGAUGUGUCAAUGCCCCAGCAGCGCCCCUUGACCCCGUAUCCCAAAUCAAAAAUCCAGGAUCCCGGAACCAGGACCUGGCCAGAACCCAACCCAACCAACCAACCAACCACACGUAGAACAACCAACACACACUUCUGCAUAGCAAAGCAUAUAACGCUACACCACACACUACACAGUCGUACGUACACAAGCCGAUUUACGAUUAACAAACUAUUAUGCACAUGUACAGAUCUACGUAUGUACUAAAAAUAUGUCAUAGAUUUUUAUUAUUACCUUGGUAUGGGACGUGAGACUGAUAGUUCUAUAUAUGUAGCUCAUCAAGAUACAAUAUGAAAUACGAAAGCAAAAAGAUAUUGUACUUAUUUUUGUUAAACGAUGACUAGCUAAUUUUAUUCCCCACAAAAGGCCACGAGCACUCCCCAUUCCAUUCCUAAAAAAAAAGAGACCUCGAGCUCGUUAUUCUUGAUGGGAAUUUCGGAGAGUGUAGACUUCGGACUACCGAUGGUUUUAUUGUUUACACGAUGCACCUAUCAAAUGGGUAACACAUACACAUAUACUUAGCUCUAUAUGCAUUCAACGCUAGACGCAACAUCGAACAGUGGUCGGUGGUCCAGAACCCAGGUCCCCAUAGACCCCAAAACCAUAUCCAUUGGGUAGGUCACGAUCACGGGCAUUGCCCAAAAAAUCUGUGACAGAUCGACAGGUUUUUUUCCUCCCUACUCUAUCAGGCUUUCGGGUAUUUUGUCGACGAGAUCUCUUGACUGCAUUGUUUUUAGCAAAUCCCAAUAACCCAAAGUUAACCGAGAAUCGGUACAUCAGCAUCGCUAUAUCCCUAAAAUAUAAGUAUGUACAUAUAUGUAUUCCGAUGUUUAGGGGGGCAUAAUGUGGAUGUGGAUGGACAAGACAACCAGCACACUCAUGCACACACAUCGAUUUGUUAUUUUUACUGCUCAGCCAGUAUUACACUUCAGUAUUAUAGGCUAAUUUACGAUUAAAUUUACUUGUAACACACGACUUAAACGAAAUUUGUUGCACCUCUGCCACGUUCUUAUAUCAAUUAGACACUCACAACACACGUAUUUGUUCAAUUUGUUCAAUUUUCGAAGUCUAAGUGAGAUCUCCUCGGUCCGUCAGAUCGGAGGGGAGCUGCACAAGUCAAGCGUUUUAGCAUAGAAUCUAACACUACACGAAAAAGUAACAAUGAACAUUUUAGAGUAUAUGUAUCUGCUACUUGCUACUCAUAUAUGUAUGUAUAAAUUCAUAGUUCUAUUAUAUGUAUAUCCAAUAGCUCAAAUACACACCCUCAAUCCACUUCCCCCCAACCCCCUAGAAGGUCAGGUCACCUUCUCCAGGCUUCUGCUGACGAUACAUACAUACUUUAUGGCCGCCUAUAACGGCUACCAGCCGUAUCUUCUAUAGAGAGGCCCUAUAAGUUUAGAUGCCCCCGGGUGCAAUAGACUUGACUUCAAGACUAAAAUGCCAAAAACACAUACAUAUGUAAACCCUUAGGUGCGCGCUCAAUUCAUUUACAUUUACAUAUACACAAAGACAAAUAUUUACCUAAGUUAGUAGAUUUGUAUUAUUUAUUUAGCGCCAUUCGACGAAUAUGUAUAACAUAUAUUUACAUGCAAAAUCACGCAACGAAUACACAUUUAAAAGAACAUAUAUACAUGCAUACGAAGAUAAUAAAUAACGAACUAUGCGAAAGGCAGUGUUUAAAGGUCCCCUAAUAAUACCAACUCAAGAUAUUUAAGUAUAAAGUUAUACAAGGAAACGUGGCCAAUUCAAAAUGGCAUCGUACACCCAAUUAUAUUCCUUAAAAAAGGCACACAACAAAUCACACUCUCAAUCACACACCAACCAAAAAAAAAAA